UUCGAGAAAGCAACAUGGGUCACCAGCAGCUCUACUGGAGCCACCCGAGAAAAUUCGGGCAGGGUUCUCGCUCUUGCUGCGUCUGCUCCAACCGGCACGGCCUGAUCCGGAAGUACAGCCUGAAUAUGUGCUGCCAGUGUUUCCGCCAGUACGCGAAGGACAUCGGCUUCAUCAAGUUGGACUAAGUGUGAACUUCCUUGAAUAUGUCA